CCCGCUUCCCCUCCGCGGUAAGCGCCUCCCCGCGCCUCGACCGGGCGCAGACCGAACCCUAACCUAACUAAAUCCGCUCGCUCACUUCCCCUCUCUUGGACGCGGCACGCGCUCCUCCAGGCGGCGUACAGCGGCGAGCUCCGCCUCCUCAAGACUGCAGGGCUGGUGCGGGCGCUGGAUAACGGCAGGGGCCGCCCCAGGGAGGCGGCGGAGGCGGCCAGGGAGGACGGGGUCGGGCCGCUGCACCUCGCCGCCGGCAACGGGCAGCUGGAGGUGUGCCGCUACCUGGCCGAGGAGCUGCGCGUGGAUGUGGACGCCGCCGAUGACGAGGGCUGCCUUUCGCGCCAGCGCCAGAGGAGUCACUGCCCCAACCCGGCGAUCCAGCGGAGCACGAGGACGUGUCCAGGUGCAGCGAUGCCGACGGGAGCAGCAUGUUGUCCGUGGGGAAGAGGUCGAGGUCAAAGUUGAUCCUAAGGACGAACAAGUGAAUGAAAGGAAAAUAUCACAGUUGAAGUCAUUUGCGAGUAAAGCAAUCGAGAGAAAUGAUUACAUUUCUGCAUCAGCGUUCUAUACCAAGGCAAUAGAUGUUGACCCUAACGAUGCAACCUUGUUCUCAAACAGGAGCCUUUGUUGGCUCCGCACUGGUGAUGGACCAAAGGCUCUGUUGGACGCUCUUCACAGCAGAGAAAUGCGGCCUGACUGGCCAAAGGCCUGCUACCGGCAGGGCGCAGCUCUGAUGUUACUGAAGGACUACAAGAGCGCAUGCGAAGUGCUUCUUGAUGGAUUCAAGUUGGACCCAGAAAAUGCCGAGAUGUGCAUUACGGGAAGCGAUGGAAUCUUUGAAGAUAUCAAAAGGCAACACCAAGGCAACAUGAGCUGAACUUGAGCUUGCACUUGUGUUGACGAUGGAUGAAGACCAAGUCACCUCUCGUGAAAAAAAAACGCCAUCCUCUAUUCAACUCAAGUCAUGACCGGUGAAAUAUUGCAAAGCCUUUUUUCAUUGUGAAGUUGCUUUCUUGCACUAGUGUGGAGCAAUACAUGCUCGAGAUGUUUGAAUAACUUGCUUGGUGGAUAAUGGAAGUGCUCGUUUGUUAUCUUUACUGACUGUCCGGUAAUGUUGGUAGCAAAUGACUUGAUUUUUCGCUUUCUCGUAUACGUCUGUCAUCUGCGCGUGUGCAUAUGUAUGUAUGGAUCCUGACGACGAGCUUUCCUUGCCUUGGUUGCCACAGCUCCACUUAGUCGCAAUGGCAACAUCUUGUAUGUGCAAUGGUGAAUAAUACCUUAAUUUUGAGGGUACGCUAUUGUGUGUCUACUCUGGAGGUACAAACCUAAGUAAUGUUAAUGCUGGAAA